AUGCCUCGCGCCGAAGUCGGAACCCCGAAGUACCUGGCGAACAAGAUGAAGUCCAAGGGACUUCAAAGACUCCGAUGGUACUGCCAAGUGUGCGAGAAACAAUGCCGCGACGAGAACGGUUUUAAGUGCCACGCCGCCUCUGAGAGCCACCUCCGCCAGAUGCUUGUCGUCGGCGAGCACGCGGGGAGACACAUCUCGAAUUUCUCCGGCGAGUUUCAGUCCGAGUUCGUUGCGCUGCUUUCGAGAAGGUUCGGGACGAAACGAGUGCGAGCGAACCAAGUGUACCAAGAGUACAUUUCUGACAAGCACCAUGUGCAUAUGAACUCUACGCGGUGGGUGACGUUGACGGAGUUUGUGAAGCAUCUUGGGAGGACUGGUGUUGCGCGGGUGGACGAGACUGGGAAGGGGUGGUUUAUCGCGUGGGUGGAUAAUAGUCCGAAGGCGCUGGCGAAGGCUGAGGCGUCGAUGAAGAAGGAGCGGGCGACGGUUUCGGAUGAGCAGCGGGAGAGGAUGCUUAUUGCUGAGCAGAUUGAACGGGCUAGGGGGGAGGCUGGGGAGGAGGAGGAUAAGGGGGAGGACAGGGGGGAGGAGGAAAGGGUGUUGUUGAAGAGGGACGAGGGGGCGGAGAAGCUGACGAUUUCGUUUUCGAAGCCUGGAGUGGAAUCGUCGUCAUCGACCCCUGGUGCCAUAAAGAUGAAUGUGAAUCCGUUGAAAGGUGGUGCCGUCAAAGCGAACCCGUUGAAGCGACCGAAUGUUUUCAAGGGAGCUUCAGUAAGUUCAAGCUCCGGGGCGCAGAAGCGAAGUGCACCACCACCACCACCCAUGACGGCAGCGGAGAGGUUGAUAUUGGAAGAGCAGGAUAGAAAGAGGCGGAAGAUGGAGCGGGAGAAUGCUUAG